AUGAAAGACGAUAUCAAGUAUCAGCUCUCACAAGAAGAGCUUGAUAUUCUCGCCCUCCCCCAUUAUGCGUUCAUAUAUCAUGAAAUGCGCGUUAGUUGCGAGGAAUUUCGUGAGUUUAUCCAGGACUUCCGAAAGGACAUGCAGACAUUCCCUGAGAGGGUUCGCAGUAAGCUCGAGAUACUUCGUGAUGAGAUCAAGGAGUUCCGUCGGGCGAUCGGGCCAUACCGUAUGGAUCUCUACGAUGUCGGCCAGCAAGUUAUUGGUGAUCUCCAGCCAUACCGUGUUGCGAUCUUAAAGGAGUGCAAGACAAUCUUUGGGGAGAUACAGAUGCUCCGUAAGGACUACCCCGAGGAGUGCCAGGAAAUCCUUUGUUGGCAUAUCCAGGAAUUACAUGACGAUGUCAAGGGAUUACAUAAAGAUGUCCAGGCAUUUCGCAACCCUGACCCCAAGAGAGAAAACCUUGAGUAA